CAAAGUAGUCCUUUAAGUUGAUCAGUGAAAAUCAAUUGUUUCCCCGUUGGCGCGAAUUAUUGAGUAAUUUCCUAAAUUUAGACAAUAUUUAAAACUGACAACUGAAAAAUCACCAGUCAAAAUAAGUAGUUCAAAGGACGCAAACAUGCCACCAAAGUGUAAAUUUCAAGAAGGUGAGAAAGUGUUAUGCUUUCACGGGCCAUUAAUUUAUGAAGCAAAAUGUCUAAAGUCCUCCAUUACCAAGGAAAAACAGAUUAAAUAUUUGAUUCACUAUGCUGGGUGGAACAAGAAUUGGGAUGAGUGGGUUCCUGAAAGUAGAGUACUGAAGUACAAUGAAGCAAAUGUACAAAGGCAAAGAGAGGUUCAGAGAGCUCACUCGAAUCAGCAAUCUACCCAGAAAAAUAAAAAGGGCAAUACAUCCUCUAAAACUCAAGGGCGUAGGAGUGAAGGUGGUCGUGAGAAGGACAAUGAUAGUAGAGCUAGUACUCCCGUUGCCACAGUUGAGAAAACUGUUAGUAGAUUUACAAAAAGUGCUGCUAGUUCUGUCGUGCCGUCUUCCUCUCACGAGAUUACUACAGAUGCUCCACGCAAAAAACGCAGUCGGAUAGAGCCAUCUGGUGAAACUGAAGAGUAUCUUACCAAGGUAGAAGUUAAAAUUAAGAUUCCCGAAGAGUUAAAGUUUGUACUUAUCGAUGAAUCAGAAGUUAUAUUGAAACUUAAGAGUGAUUCUGUUAGGUAUUUAUGUAUAUUAAUUUUUCUAUAUGUGUCUGUUAAAACUAGGAAAAUUGUUCAUUAGAAAUUAAUCAUUUUCAGGGAAAGUACAUUAGAAAUCACUAAAGGUAUUCGUGAAUAUUUCAAUAUAUCCUUGGGUCUGCAGUUACUAUAUAAAUGGGAACGUCCCCAAUUUAUUCAGAUAAUGAAUGACAAUCCUGAAACACUGCCUAGCCAAUUAUAUGGUGCCUUCCAUUUAUUAAGGCUAUUCGUGAGACUGGGUGGAAUGUUAUCAUACACCACAUUGGAUGAAAGAAGCAUACAACUGUUACUAUCUCAUUUUCACGAUUUUUUACAAUAUUUACAAAAAAAUAACGCCGAACUUUUUAAUCUCCAACAAGAUUAUGCAGACUCACCGCCUGAUUAUCAUAGAAAAUAUGCUUAAGUUAGUAUGAAUUACUAUAUAAUUUUAAUGAACUAAAGCAAUAUUACCACUUUUUUGC